AUGUCUGCCUCCACCAUUUCCAGGCAAUUUGCCCGCGCAGCUCUGCGCACCGGUGCCCGAAACACCUUUGCGACUUCGUCUCGCCAGGCUUUCCGUCAGAGCGGCCGCCGCUUCUACUCGUCAGAGCCUUCCAAGCAGUCCGGCUCGUCGGCGCUCAUUUACAUCGCUGGUGCCGCGGUCGCUGGAGGUGCUGGUUUCUAUAUUUACAACGCACAGAGCGGCUCAGCCACACCGAAAGUCUUCACCCCGACACAACAGGACUACCAAAAGGUGUACGACGAAGUUGCUGGCCGACUUGAGGAGAAGGACGACUACGAUGAUGGCAGUUACGGUCCCGUCCUCGUCCGUCUGGCAUGGCACGCCUCCGGUACCUACGACAAGGAGACCAAGACUGGUGGUAGCAACGGUGCCACUAUGAGAUUCGCCCCCGAGGGCGACCACGGUGCCAACGCUGGUCUGAAGCACGCUCGAGACUUCCUUGAGCCUGUCAAGGAGAAGUUCCCCUGGAUCACAUACUCCGAUUUAUGGACUCUCGCCGGUGUCGCCGCCAUCCAGGAGAUGCAGGGUCCGGUCAUCCCAUGGAGGCCUGGCCGUGCUGAUGGAGACGUCGCUGCUUGCACUCCUGACGGCCGUCUGCCCGAUGCUUCCAAGGGCAGCAGCCAUCUCCGUGACAUUUUCUACCGCAUGGGAUUCAAUGAUCAGGAGAUCGUUGCCCUUUCCGGUGCCCACGCUCUUGGCCGGUGCCACACAGACCGAUCAGGUUUUGAGGGCCCCUGGACCUUCUCUCCCACCGUCUUGACCAACGACUACUUCACCCUUCUCCUGAGCGAGAAGUGGACCGUCCGCAAGUGGGACGGACCCAAACAGUUCCAGGACAAGGGCAAGACCUUGAUGAUGCUGCCCGCCGACGUUGCCCUUACUCAGGACAAGGCUUUGUUGCCCUACGUCAAGAAGUACGCCUCUGACAAUGAUGCCUUCUUCAAGGACUUCAGCGCCGUUAUUGUCAAGCUCUUCGAACUCGGAGUUCCUGAAGAGCAAUUUAAGGCCGAGCCGAUCAGCUUCAAGUCCUCCCACGCAUAA